CAUGAUUGGACCAACGGAAAGAGUACUGUUGGUAGCCCCGGCUAAGUCGCAGACCCUAAGGCCCUCCUUCGCGGAAAGGCAUCCUGCGAAACGAGAAACCGCAGUCGACACCGAGCUCACUUCGAUGUAGAUGCAGGACGCGAGUAUGCGAGCAUGAUCUGCGUCCAGCCGCUGCAUUAGCUAUAAUCAAAAGUUUCUCUCCGUAGUUUUGUACUGGAAGAUGGGCUCCCAGGUUUUUAUUCGUUUGGUACUCAGGACAGCAAUAUGAAUGAAUGGAUGUUGAUGUUAUGGAUAUGACUUCACUGCUCCAGCAUCCUGACUACACAAGAAGGGCACGAAUCUACUGGCGACGAGCUACAGCUUGGUCUCAGCAUGCGCUGUAUGCCGUACUAUAACGCGCGUUGCUGUUCCUUGUUGUCGACAUCCUCUCCGGUCUUGGGGCAUAAUUAAGACGUCAAGAAACUGGAUUCAAAACAGCCUGACCGGAAGAUUAGGCAACCAGAUUUCGGGUCGUGUAAUAAACAGGCGUGAAGAGAAGCAGGAAAGAGUAAAGUGUUUUCCCAUUCAUUGAGAGUAGUUGAGACUACUAGGUACUUAGUCACAUCAUUUACAACUUCCUCCAAUUUUUUGCUCGGUGAUACGGUGGCGUUGCGAGGGGUGGGUGGCUUUGUUGCUCCACAGUCUCAAGCUUUGGCUCGGACAACCACACAAACUCUUAGGGGAUGCCAGGCGGUGCGCGAAGGCUCUUGCGACGCAGUGCUGGACGGUGCGCUACGUGUCCUCUCGUUGGAACCGCAGGUGAGCCGCACUCAUGCGGUUGCAUUCGGUAACUCAGGUUUCCGCAUAAAGCGAUCCUCAUCGGUGUCUGGUAGAUUGCUUGAAAUUGACAAGACACGCAGCGCGAUCUAGUGACAUCUGCAAGUAAUACUGAGCACGAUAUCUCAGAGAUUUGCGACUAUCGACACGUUCUUCGGUGGUGAGAGAGGAUAAUAACGGCUGCUCGCACACGCGCUUUCUGUCAGCAAUCGGACGCAACUUUUGGUCGUAUCAAGAUCCGAUUGCUGGAAUGGCAUGGGACAUUUGACCCUACUCCAAUAACCACAUCAUAAGUAAGUCUUAAUCUUUUGUAGCACACGCACCUGCCGUCCUUUUCCCGUGCACUUCCCGACCGAAACCAAUGUCGUUUGUGCCAGGUAGAUGAAGAUCGACGCCCUGGUCUCCAUGUCUGGUGUUUCCCGACGCUUACAAGGCCAUGAUCUCCAACGACAUCGGUCUAGAGGAGCUGGAGAGUGCGUAUGAAUAGGAGGUGAUGGGCACGAUGCGUCGUCGUAUCAACGGAAGUCGUAUGAUAGCAACCAGAAUCUUCAGUGUCGUGGCAGUGAUGUCACAGACGGGAGAAGCGACUUGAGCUGUCGGCCCAAUCGAGUAGAUUUGCGUAGCCGACCCUUAGCCAGCGUACCAUAGACACGAUUUCAACUGCUGGUCCGCGCUAAAGCUGAUCGCAGCAAAGAUUUCGAUAAAGUUAUGACACCUCAUACUACUUCGGCAACAAGUCAGCAUGAUCAAUAUUUGUUUGUAUCUUGAUCCAAGGACAUGAUGCGGGAACCACCCUAAAUCUAAAUCUAAAUCUAGGUCAUGAUUUCUCAGACAAGACGGAGUUUUUCUGAGUGUCUUGACCUUCCAAAUAUCGACGUCAGGAUUAAGAAGCCGUACGUUUCGUGCGAACCGCCGGCAAGUGGGAUGCCGAUAUCUCGGUCAGUCUCAGCAACAUCUGGAUCCACUUGGAGCAGCUUGAUAGCAGCGGUGGUGUUGCUUCGCCGGCUCGUGUGGCAGAGCGAGUCGACGAAUCAUAGCAGAACACGGAACUGAAACGUUCUUCUUCGUGUCGCGAUUCUGGGCAUCGGAAGUCGAGCGAUCCUGAGUCCGCAAUUCGGCCGUGACCGUGCGUCAUUGGUCGGAAAUAGCUGAGGUUACGACACUCGAGAUCGGAUUGUGCCAACUGCGGUAGAUCUUACCAAGCGGUCGACCGAAAUGGAGGCUCGAUUAUUGCCGCGAGGUGGAGGGAGUGAGUCCACGGCAAGAAGCAGCGACCAUCGUCUACUUUAGGACGAGGAUGUCGAACUAUACUUGCUAAAAACAUGCAGGAAUCUUGCACCUGUUGACAAUCAACCACGGCUGGGGCCUUUUGUGCAUGACUGUGCUUGUGGAAUUAUUCGAUACUACUCUGAACCUGAGUUUUGUGUUUUAGUAGGUCACGGUCUAAGAUAUGAAGCACGAAGAUGAAGUUGCAAAACGGAAACCAAGUGAGACGUCCAAACGAAGUGAAAAGGUGUGGGUAUGCCGCCUUCUUAGAUAUCAAGAAGAAUGCGAUUAUUCGGUCACUGAACUUUUUUUUGCACGGCUUUAUACGAUGCGCGGACUCCAGAAGUCAUUGUGAGGAAGCUGCCAGCGCUGCUGCGGUCG